UGACGGAAAGCGAGAACCUCCGCAUGUCCCGACACGCUGACACCGUUCUCGCGAGAAUUCGACGGCCACGCAGACACCGUUCUCGCGAGAAUUCGACGGCCGAGAACAGGCGAUGGCGGCGAUGGCAGCUUCUGCUGUCCUACCUCUCCCGCUGCUCAGCCGAGGCCUGCAUGGAACCCCAGAUCACCCCUUCCUACUACACCACUUCCGAUGCCGUCAUUUCCACUGAGACUGUCUUCAUCGUGGAGAUCUCCCUGACGUGCGAGAACGGGGUCCAGAACAUGGCUCUCUAUGCUGACGUUGGUGGAAAACAAUUUCCUGUCACCCGGGGCCAGGACGUGAGACGUUAUCAGGUGUCCUGGAGCCUGGACCACAAGAGCACCCAUGCGGGCACCUAUGAGGUCAGAUUCUUUGACGAGGAGUCCUGCAGCCUCCUCAGGAAGGCUCAGAGAAAUAACGAGGACAUUUCCAUCAUCUCGCCCCUAUUCACAGUCAGUGUGGACCAUCGGGGCACCUGGAACAGGCCCUGGGUGUCCACUGAGGUGCUGGCUGCAGCGAUCGGCCUGGUGAUCUACUACCUGGCCUUCAGCGUGAAGACCCACAUCCAGGCCUGAGGGCGGCACCCCAGCCCUGCCCUUGCGUCCUUCAAUAAACAUCACAGGGGAAAAAAAAAAAAAAAAAAAA